AAGGUCUACUCUGUGACUAACAAUUAGAGAAAACCAGAGAAUCAUGUGCUGGAUCUGUGCUUCUCAAUUUAAGAAAUAGUCCCGAGAAGUCUUAUCUGUCCAUCCUUAGCACGUGGAAGUCUCUGGCAGGAAAGGAGAAACCUGAAUGGGUGAAGGUAGAGGUCUGCACUUACCCUUUUGAAUCUGAAAAAUAUUGAUGUGGGGAACUGAACUGCUUUAUUAUCAACCUACAGUUUGCCAGUUAUACAGCCUAAGAAAUCAUGCUGGAAACAGGAGGGGCAUAGAGUCUACAUAUCAGCAUCUUGCUUUCAGAUUUGACCUCUGUGGAAGAUCGCUUCCCAAAAUGAAUCAUUUACAGAGAAUGAUGAAACCACCUUCUGGAGUUUGAAAAGAGACGAGGCUGCUUUAAGAGAGAAACAGGAAGUUGUAACUAGAAGCCCUCUGAAUGCUAAGCCAUCGCUAGUGAAGUAGCAACAAAGUAGCAGCGUUUAUUCUGAAAUCCGGUGGCUGACAGUCCGCGCUAGGCAAACCUGUUCAAAGUGCUCAUCCCUCACCCAGGGAUUUUUCUGAGCAUCACGUUCGAGCGGAGAAUGGCGGGGCAGCUUCGGCUUACGUCAGGGAAGGAUGAAGAUCAUUUUCAACACCAGGGAGCAGUGGAGCUGCUUGCCUUCAAUUUUUUGCUCAUCCUUACCAUUUUAACAAUCUGGUUAUUUAAAAAUCAUCGAUUCCGCUUCUUGCAUGAGACUGGAGGCGCGAUGGUGUAUGGUCUCAUAAUGGGAUUAAUUUUACGAUAUGCCACAGCCCCAACCGAUAUUGAGAGUGGAACCGUCUAUGAAUGUGGGAAAUUGUCGUUCAGCCCAUCAACUCUGCUGAUCAACAUCACUGACCAGGUUUAUGAAUAUAAGUACAAGAGAGAAAUCAGCCAGCACAAUAUCAGUCCCCACCAAGGCAACGCCAUACUGGAGAAGAUGACAUUUGACCCAGAAAUCUUCUUCAACGUUUUACUGCCUCCCAUUAUAUUUCAUGCAGGAUACAGUCUGAAAAAGAGACACUUUUUUCAAAACUUGGGAUCCAUUUUAACAUAUGCCUUCUUGGGAACAGCCAUCUCCUGUGUGGUCAUAGGGUUAAUUAUGUAUGGCUUUGUGAAGGCCAUGGUGUAUGCUGGCCAGCUGAAGAGUGGAGACUUCCAUUUCACUGACUGUUUAUUUUUUGGCUCACUGAUGUCUGCUACAGAUCCAGUGACAGUGUUGGCCAUUUUCCAUGAACUACACGUGGACCCUGACCUGUACACACUGCUGUUUGGGGAGAGUGUGCUAAAUGAUGCGGUGGCCAUAGUCCUCACAUACUCUAUAUCCAUCUACAGUCCCAAGGAGAACCCCAACGCGUUUGACACUGCCGCCUUCUUCCAGUCAGUGGGGAAUUUCCUCGGGAUCUUCGCAGGCUCCUUUGCAAUGGGCUCCGCGUAUGCAGUCGUCACAGCACUGUUGACCAAAUUUACCAAGCUCUGUGAGUUCCCGAUGCUGGAGACAGGCCUGUUUUUCCUGCUUUCUUGGAGUGCCUUCCUGUCUGCAGAGGCUGCCGGCUUAACAGGCAUAGUUGCUGUUCUCUUCUGUGGAGUCACACAGGCACAUUAUACCUACAACAAUCUGUCAUCUGAUUCCAAACUGAGGACCAAGCAGCUGUUUGAAUUUAUGAACUUCCUGGCUGAGAAUGUCAUCUUCUGCUACAUGGGCCUGGCUCUCUUCACCUUCCAGAAUCACAUUUUCAACGCUCUUUUUAUACUUGGAGCCUUUCUAGCAAUUUUUGUUGCCAGAGCCUGCAACAUUUACCCCCUCUCCUUCCUCCUGAAUCUGGGCAGGAAACAGAAGAUCGCCUGGAACUUCCAGCACAUGAUGAUGUUUUCAGGUUUGCGGGGUGCCAUCGCCUUCGCCCUGGCCAUCCGCAACACAGAAUCUCAGCCCAAACAGAUGAUGUUCACCACCACCCUGCUCCUUGUAUUCUUCACUGUCUGGGUGUUCGGAGGAGGAACCACUCCCAUGCUGACGUGGCUUCAGAUCCGAGUUGGUGUGGACCUGGAUGAAAGUCUGAAGGAAGAGCCCUCCUCACAGCAGGAAGCAAAUAAGUUGGAUAAAAACCUGACCAAGACAGAGAGUGCACAGCUCUUCAGGAUGUGGUAUGGAUUUGAUCACAAAUAUCUGAAGCCCAUCUUAACGCACUCGGGUCCUCCACUGACCACCACAUUGCCUGCAUGGUGUGGACCAGUCUCCAGGCUGCUCACCAGUCCUCAGGCCUACGGGGAACAGCUGAAAGAGGACGAUGCGGAAUGUAUUGUAAACCAAGAUGAGCUCGCCAUGAGUUACCAGGAGCCAGGUUCCUCACCCAGCAGUCCUACCACAAAGCUAUCUCUAGACCAGAAGCCUUCACUCCAGACUCCUGGCAAGGAAAACAUCUACGAGGGAGACCUUGGCCUGGGAAGCUACGAACUCAAGCUCGAGCAGACGCGGGGUCAACCCCAGAUGGACUAAUUGGCAUGAUGAGUGCAGAUGUAAUCACAAGUAAUGUAAGACCACGGAGGAAUGCCAAGAGCCUAAGAGGCGGUGCAGAGAGAGACACAAAGAGAAUUAAGAACAUAAAUUGGACAGAAUCAAAACCUUGUCACAUGUAUCCCCCCGUGCCUUCAGAAAUGAGAAUUCAUUACCUUCCCUCUGUAUUAUGCAACCUCAUUUAAUUAUCUGACAGCCAUUUUUACUGCUGGAUUGGGGGGACCAGGCGAGUCAGGUCUGGCUGCCUUUGGGAUGAACCAGAUGUGCUCGGUCUGCAGGGGGCUCCUCCCUCCUGUUCCUCAGGCAGCUCUCUGGGUCCUUCACAUGGAUUUGGGGUUCUAUUCCCUUAAUUAUGGAGCAUUAAUAACAUGGAAAAAGAGCCCCUGAGCAUAAGCGAUAAUUCUUAUCUCUUAGGACUCGACUCCACUUGUUCGAACUAACUAGAGGGCUAUGUGCAGAGUCCAGUGAGUGUUCAGUGCCCACUACUGAUGGCCUCGGAGAAUGUGCAUGAGUUGGAGGCCCUGUGGUCCUUGCUGGCACUCUCUCCAUACUGUUCUUCCCACUACUCCAAGGGGCCGCUUGCCUGCAGGUGUGUCUAUGUUAAACCCAGGGCCUCUUGCCAGCCUAAGGGAACUCUUUCCAGGGAAAGCUGGUUUCUUUCCCACAUUCUGUGUUUUGCUCCAAUGAUGAAGCCUCCCCUCCUUGUAUGCACUGGAGCAACUUCUCGGCUCCUGGAUCAGGUUCCCUCUGCAUCCUGGGAAGUCAUAUUUUGCAGCAUGACCCUUCCACAUGGGGGAGACUGUGCAGGGGCCCUGACCUUUUCCAAUUUCAAUGCUGGUGACUGGUGAUUGGCGGCAAAAAGACAAAAAUAAUAGGGCUGGUGGCAUUUAGGCCACACUGAGGCACCAAGGACAAGCACCGAUCUGGACCCACCCUUUCCCAGCGUGGCUCAAGGCUGCAUUGGAGAGACCAACACAAUAGCUUUUAAUUCAGCUGCAUGACCUGUGCCUUUGAAGCCAUAAGAUACCUCAAACCUAGCUUCUCUUGAAAUGCAGGCAUUGCUAUUAGGCUCCAAGGAGCAGGCUUCAGACUUAGGAGCCCAAGACAUGAUGGACUUGCCUUUGUGGGAGAUAGAGAAUGAUAUCUUUCUCAGGCCCAAAGCUUAAAACUAAUGCAUGCUUUGCUGACCACUUCUUAAGGCUUAGACCUGUGGUAUCAGGUAUACUGCUCUGCAUGUCAGUUUUCUUGCUUCCAAAUAGUAGAAAAUGGGGGAAACUUUUAUAUUCAACUAAGUAAAAUCUUGUCAUUUCAGGUAAAUAUGGCAAGUAGAGAAAUUUUCUAAUUUGACAUCAUCCUAAUAAAAUUUUGUUAUGGAGUA